UGCCAUUGCUACCUCUAGCAGUGUAAUCAUCAGCGCCGCUUCGCAAAAAAAAAAAAAACACUCUCCACAUUACAUGUUUACUUUCUAUAACCUUCGUUUUCUCUCUAUUGCAGUCAUCAUGGCAUCUUCCGCCCGUCUAAGACGGACCUUUCAAUACCCCAACGACUCCGACUCAGACUCUCCAGAAGCUAUGGACGAGCAAGAACAAGACAACCUCAUCCAAACGCUCGCUUCCCAAAACGCCUCCCAAAACGAAACCCUCGCCCGCACCCUCCUCGCCCUCCCUCUCCUCUCCAUUGUCGCUUACAUCCGCCCGCUCCUCAACCCAGCCACAACUUCCUUCGCUAUCUUCUGCAUUACGUCCCUCCUCGCGACGGCGUUUCUGCUCUACCGCCUGCCCCCCGCGCAGACGGGCAUUCCAAUAAUCGACUCUUGGGCCAGCGGUGGGACUGGCCGUGCUGGAGCAGGAGGAGGGCCCAGCGGAUCGUCUGCUGCGAGCCUUAUUGGCGGACUACGGUCACGUAAUUCCCUCGGUGGCCUCCUCGGUCGUGGAGUUGUUGAUACACGGUCGCCUUUGGAAAAGACGCUGCCCUACUUGAAUCUGGGUCUGGUCGCUUUAUUGAUACUCAUGGGAUUAGUGAGAGGAGACGAAAGAGGUGGCGGUUUUGGUUGGGUAAGCAUGGGCAAUAUUCCUGGGCUCGUCUACUCUGUCGUCAUAACAGCCAAGAUUGUCAUGGCUGGCGUGGACCCUGAGAGAGAUCUGGGGAGCCUUAGGUACGGGUACAAGGGUGCUUGAUAAGAACUACUAGGUAGUCUGUUUAUAUAAGUGAAUUUUCAAAAUAAUAGAUAAUGCACCGAGGCCACAUGUAGCACCUAGGGAAGG